CCUCCUCCUGCCACACGGUAGUCCGCCCAGCUUGCGCUUGCCUCCGUCAGACGGGGGCUCUAAAGUCGAAAAACAAAUACUUUUAAACUUCGUGUAAACAAGCAAGCACCUGAUUUUGUAAGCUGCUUUCCCCGGACUGUGUUCAGGAAGGGGAUGCUCGGGGUCGCCGGGAUGACGGGCAGCAUCGCAAAUGCCCUGGUCAGUGCGGUGUGUGAGAGGUGUAAAAGUGGCUUUGCUCCAACGGAGAAGAUCGUCAACAGCAACGGAGAGCUGUACCACGAGCAGUGCUUCGUUUGUGCCCAGUGCUUCCAGCAGUUCCCUGAAGGACUCUUCUAUGAGUUUGAAGGCAGAAAGUACUGUGAGCAUGACUUCCAGAUGCUCUUCGCACCUUGCUGUCACCAGUGUGGGGAGUUCAUCAUUGGUCGCGUCAUUAAGGCCAUGAACAAUAGUUGGCACCCUGAUUGCUUCUGCUGCGACAUUUGUCAGGCAGUGCUCGCAGAUGUGGGAUUUGUCAAAAACGCUGGCAGGCACUUGUGUCACCCGUGCCACAAUCGAGAGAAGGCCCGGGGCCUAGGCAAGUAUAUCUGCCAGAAGUGCCAUGCCAUCAUUGAAGAGCAGCCGCUGAUCUUCAAAAACGACCCGUAUCACCCUGACCACUUCAACUGUAACAACUGCGGAAAAGAGUUGACUGCUGAUGCAAGAGAGCUGAAAGGGGAGCUCUUCUGUUUGCCCUGCCAUGAUAAGAUGGGUGUGCCGAUCUGUGGCGCCUGCAGGAGACCCAUUGAGGGACGUGUGGUCAACGCCAUGGGCAAGCAGUGGCACGUGGAGCAUUUUGUGUGCGCCAAGUGUGAGAAACCAUUCCUCGGUCACCGCCACUACGAGAGAAAAGGUUUGGCGUACUGUGAGACUCAUUACAACCAGCUCUUUGGGGACGUGUGCUAUCACUGCAACCGUGUGAUUGAAGGCGAUGUUGUGUCUGCUCUCAACAAAGCCUGGUGUGUGAGUUGUUUCUCCUGCUCCACCUGCAACACCAAACUCACUCUCAAAGAUAAGUUUGUUGAAAUUGACCUGAGACCAGUUUGUAAGCAUUGCUAUGAGCAUUUGCCUGAAGAGCUAAAACGCAGACUGGCCCGACGUGAACGAGACGCUAAAGACCACAAGAAAAAGUCGGCUACCUGCUAGUAGCUUCUAGUGUCUGCAGUUCACCACUCCAUCCAUUGGGUGGUGCUAGCACCACCUUCUUAUUCCUCUCCAUUUUUACUUUUUUGUCUCUGUAGCGUGUCAUUAUUUCUCAUUUAUUUUCUGGUGUUUGUGUUGGUGGCAUGAAACUAAAUCAUGUGAACAUGCAUGUUAAAUGCACGUUAAACAGAAUUGGAUUUUGUUUUUAGAUUUAGAUGCCUUUUAAUCAUUUUACUGUUAGCAGGUCGCACACACACA